CAGACUAGUGGAGCCGUUGCUAGGCGACAACCGCUGUUGGGCGGGCGACACACAGGUGUUCUAACAGAUCGAGAAUUUUCACCCAAAGCAAGGGGUCCAAGAUUGGGGCUGCUGGGCCUGAGCCAUGGAAAAGAAUGAUACGAUCAACUUCAAGGCUUUGGAGAGAGAGCUGCAGGCUGCACUUGCCGCUGAUGAGAAGUACCAAAGGGAGAAUGCUGCCAAGUUACGGGCGGUUGAACAAAGAGUGCCUUCUUACGAAGAGUUCAGAGGUAUUGUCCUUGCAUCACACCUGAAACCUCUGGACCAGAAGGACAAGAUAAGGGGAAAAGGAAUUGUGCCCUGGAACUGUCACACUACUAGGGAAAGGACUUUUGAGGAUGUGGCCACUGAAAUACCCCAGGAGACAUCACCCUUCCAGCCUGCAACCUCUGCAGAGUUUUACCGUGAUUGGCGUCGGCACCUAAGAGGUGGACCAGAGCGCUACCAAGCCCUGCUUCAGCUUGGGGGUCCCAAGCUGGGCCACCUCUUUAAGAGGGAUGUGGGCUUUGGACUUCUCGGGGAGCUGCUGGUGGCACUGGCUGAGCAUGUGAGGCUAAGUGACCGGGCGGCGGUGCUAGAGAUUCUGCACAGCUUGGCUAACACGGGACGGUUUACCCUGAACCUGAGCCUGCUGAGCCGGGCAGAACGCGAGAGCUGCCAGCACUUGUUUCAGAAGUUGCAGGCCAUGGGCACCGCCGGACCCAUGCAGGAGGGGUUCAACUUGGAGGAGCCAUCUGCUGGGCUACAGGGAGAGGAGGGACUCCUACAGGAGCUGCGAGGGCUGUAUGGGGUCCACUAAUGGAACUGGCAGCCCUCAGCAGUCCCAGUGGUCUCAGAAAGCAUUUUAUUUUAUUUUUUUUUAAGAAAAAGACUUGUUUUAUUUUAUGUGUAUGAGUGUUUUGCCUACGUGUAUGUAUGUUCACCAUGUGUGUGCCCAGUGCCUGAGGAGGCCAGAGAGGGUGUUGGAGCCUCUAGAAGUGUAGUUACAGAUGGUUGUAAGCUGCCAUUUGAGUGCCGGAAUCAAACCAACCCCAGUCCCCUGGAAGAGCAACUGGUUCUCUUAACCACUGAGCCAUCCCACCAGCUCCUUUGGAACGCAUUUUGUGGUGGUUAUCUUGGGUUUUCUGCAGAAGUAUUGAAAGAACUAUCGUGAGAAAGCCACACCCACUUCCCUUUUCAAGUAGUGGGCUUGCCCACCUCUCCAACCCAUAAUUUUAUCUAUGUUGGGCCCUACUAGUUGAGAGUGUUUUGCUCCCUACCCUUACGAGUUGGCCACGUCCCUUGCCUUGAGAAGUGGGUGUGUUUGCAACUAAAUUCUGGCCACACCAAACUCCCUCCUAGAGGAGAAAAAAAAAAAAAAAACUCACUGACCUCU